AUGAAUUAAACUAAAAUUAGUAAGGUUGACAUAUUAUACCAAAGAAACAAUCAAGCUAUUCUGGAAAUGCCUAAGGAUUAUAGAAAAGGGCAUUUUAUGAUUAGAAAAAACGAGAUAAAAAUUGAGAAAGAAGAAGUACAGCCACCAAAAAAGAAAGAUGCUGAUUAAAAUACUCCAAAAGAUUAUUAUUAAUAAAGAAAGAAAAAUAUCCUAAUAAUUCGAGAUGAAAGAGAAAAACAACCUUAUUAAAGUUAAAAGUUUUUGGAUGAUUUACCCCAAGCCUAAAGUUUGAUUUUGUUUAAAAAUAAAGACAAGUAUUCUUUAAACUUUGUAUCUUAAAAAUCUGAAGUUUACAAACAUAUGACAGAAGAGUUCUAAAACAAAAUAUUUAAGGACAUCGAUAAAGGAUUAGAUGCAAGAAAAAAUUAAGAAAAUAGAGAUAAGGUGGACAUUAGAGUAAAAAAACAGAUUGCAGGAUAUGAAGAGGAUGUUCUAUCAGGUUCAGACAUAGAGGAUCCUUAAUCUGGUAAAAAGAAGCAAACUAGAAAAAACAAAAAGGAAAAAGUUUCACAUAAACUUGACUAUUAAUCUGAUGAGGAUAAGCCUAAAAAAAAGGUUAAAAAAGAUGAAUCAUCUGAUGAUGAAGUAUCAUCAGACUAUGUAUAAGAUUCAAGUGAUUCUUGA